AUGAACGCAAAUCCGAAGAUGGGACUCGAACAGCAAUCCGAUGUGCCAGGAAAAUGGUAUUAUUCAGCGGAGCGCACGUCGGACAAUGGUGACCGUCUGGUCGACUUGUGCGAACAGGCGGGCCUCAUCGAGUCAAGCCUUUCAACGCCUGAAGAGCAGCGCAAGCGGAAGAAGACACGUAAACUUCAGCUCGACCAUGUUCUGGCGAGGAACAUUCCUCAGUCAGAUAUCCGAGUUGUUUGGGACGACGCGUUCGACUCUAACCACCGUUCAGUUCUUCUCAGAUUCAAAAUACGGUUCCACAAGAGAAACCGAGGAGUUCCUCUCCAAACGAAAAUCGACAUGGCAGGUCUGGAAGAUGAAAAACGCAGAACGAAAUUCCGCCAACGGGUGUCUAUUCAUGUUGGUGUACGAACCAGGGGGAAGCUUAGCAGUGCGAAUUCCGUCACGAAGUGCAUCCAGGACGCCGCAAAGGAAACACUCCCUGUUCUAUUGCCGCGGAAGAAGUUUGCCUUUGCAUCUGCGGAAACAAAAUCCAUGUACAUUCCUGUAUUUGUCGCGCUCAGCACUGAUGACUUCAACCGGGAAAAGCGUCUUACAAGGAAGUUGCGUCUUCAACCGCAACAAGACCGCGAUAACGAAUGGACGUCAAGAGCGAAGGAGUUUGAAAAGGCGUGGGAGGACAAGAACAACCCGCGGAAAGCCUAUGCUUUACUAAAACAGUAUAGCGACAAAAUGAAAAGAUGUUCUCCUGUCCUUAACACUGCCAAUAGAGUGGCUGUCGGUGAAGCAACCUUUCCAAUUUACAGAGAUCACUUCAAGACCUUGUUGAACCGGCAAGCACCAUCAGCUCCUGAACUCGAGCACGUUUAUAGACCGACAUAUGAGGUUUACGAGGAAACAUCGACCGAGUCGGAGGUUCUGGUCUGUACCCAAAGGAUGAAGAAUGGAAAAUCUGGCGGAGACGACGGGAUUAGCGCAGAAAUGCUAAAAUAUCUUCCUCCGUCUGGGAUUCGUGAGAUGACAAAGAUCAUUCAAUAUGGAUAA